GCCCACAAUAUAACAGUAGGCAUACUACACAGUGUGCUCUGUUGGUGGACGACAUAUCCGACGUGGCCUUGCUGGGCGGCAACUUCGUGGCUAUCUAUGAGGCUAAAUGCAAGACCUUCCCUGCGUCCAGCCAACUGUCACAGCCACGAUGGUUUUCUCAAAGAGGAAAAGCCGAUUCGACGAACAGCUCGGCAGCCCCUCCUUAUCUACUCGCUGGGUCUGAACAUUUUAUUACAGCGCACAUGAUCAUUCAAUAUUCAGGAACUAUCGUUACAUACGGUGGUCAACACUUAACUAGCAUAGACAAACUACAAUGCCAGCAUAUCCCCGAACAUCUCCAUUUUUGCAACCUCACCAACUUUGUCCCGACCUUGACGUAUCCGGCUCCCCAGCGGCGACCCAGCAUCUUCCUGGUCAUCCAACUAUAUCACUAUCUGAUUCUGACGCGCUUUCCAGAUUUCUCCGCCAGGAACUCUGGGCCGCGGAUCUCGAAGCCGUCGCAUCGAGGUUAUGGAUCUUAACCACGCCCUCCAGCGCCAGUAUCCAUGCUCUCCAUCAACAAAAGGUCCUCGGACGGGAGAUCGUUGUGACCGAAGAUCCGCGCCUACACUUGGUGUGGAUUAACAAUCGCAUUUUCAUUAAGCCGCUACCCCCUUAUCUUUUGUCGUACUCGUUUUGGAUGAGUACGUUUCCACAGUCGCCAUUACUUACACAGCAAUGGCACAUUCGGCGUGCAGCGAUUGGUUUCCUGCGGACGUAUCGCUAUCUCAUCCAGCACGAGUCUGAUCUAUUGAUUGCGCAGCAAGAGCAUCUACGACUAGUCCCGGUCAAGCUCAACUGGACCGAUAUGUCUACUUUCUUAGCCGACCUUGAAACUGUUAAAGAUGGCGAUGCUUCUGCUCGGUAUCGAUAUGGAGAACUUCGUCUUUCUCGACUUAACCUCUACGCCCCCUUUUUGUUCGGUCGACUCUCCUACGAACAUAUUCCCAUGCAAUAUGGAGAGUACUUUGCACGCCUUUACGGGCCGAUCUUGUUUAUCUUUGCCGUGGUGACGACGAUUCUGAAUGGAAUGCAGGUGGCUCUCGCUGCCGAUCCUAGGCGGCAAUCCUCCAACUACUUUCUGUGGAAGAUAUUCUACUGGUUUGGUAUCAGUACAUUACUCAUCACAGUUACUGUCGGAUCUUCUUUAAUAGCGCUUUGGUUCGGAAUGAUUGCGAAUGAGUGGAAGUUCACGCUGAGAAACCGACAUAGGGCUAAGGGAUAAUGUAUGGGCACAUGUGUAUAUGUGUUUAGAAGCAGAAUUGUACAGGAAAGAACCUGCCAGCCCAUUGUGCUAACAGGUUCAGGAUCAUUUUAUACGGCAAUCGGAAAUAAUUUCAAUGUAGUUUGAUAUGGGUACAGU